CUCAGUGAGGAAGAGAGCGGAAUGAGUCUGCUGAAUUCUUAACAGAUGGUCAGUUGAUCCAUAUCGCUUUCAGUGCACAGAGUCUGAGCCGCAUCUGCUCAGCAAAGAUCAUAAUGUAUUACUUAGACUUCACGCGGACAAGAGUCACCAUGGAAGAGGCAGAACUGUUAAAAAAGAGACUUCAAGCCAUUACAAAUAAACGAAAAGUCCAAGAGGACAUUGCGUCAAAGCGGCUGGAGGUCGACAAGGAAAAACAGAAACUACAGCAACUGAAGAAAAAAUCUGCAAGAGAUCUGUGGCUUAUGGGGGGCACAAAUUUUGGAGCUGCCCAGAAGGAGCAGAAAGCCCUGGAUGUUACCCAGCAGACCAAGGCACUACAGAACAACAUUCACCGGAUAGAGAAAGAAAUUGAGACUCUGGAGAGGGAAGAGUUCAACAUCUCCAUAAACGAAGGCCGCAUCCUGAACAGGCUGAAAGCCGUUGAGAAGUCAACUGAGGACAUUAUUAAGGCAGCAAAUGAAAAUUUCAAGUCAGAACCUAUCCAGAAUUAUUCACAAAUUCCAGAUACUCUUAAAUCUUAUGCACCUUUAAACAUGAGGAAACAGCCAUCUUUGAAUCAAGGAACCAAAAAUGACCAACAGAAACCCGGUUUGUUUGCCAUGGAAAUCAACGUACAGAAGGACCUGCGCACCGGUGAGAGCCGCGUCCUGUCAACCUGCACAGUCCCAGCACAGGAAUUACAGCAGCGUGGCAUCAAGGUGUACGACGACGGACGUAAGACUGUGUACGCUUUGCACAGUACCUUGGAACAGCCUGAAGCCAAUGGAGUGGAUGAGCUUAGCCCUAAGGAGGUAGAGGAGCUCCUAAGACAGUCCACAGCGAAAAGGAAGAAACCUCAAGAGCAAAAUCAGCCACAAUAUUACAAAAACUACCAGAACAGCAACUGCUCAGAGCUUUACAAUAUAGUUGCGAAUGAAUGGCCAGAGCUACAGUGCAGUCAGAGUAGUGUACAUUAUCCCUACAAGGAAAUUCAUGAAUCGGCUCACGUGUUCCACAAUUAUAAUGACAAAAAUGAGUGUAAUCACAACAGCAAUGGCAACAGAUAUGAGAUAUAUGGGGGGGAAACGAGAAGGAACCCAAAGCAGUUUUACGACCCCAAAGAGACACACAGCAGAACUCAAAGUCAGCAUGUGGACUCUGUUGUGAAUCAUAUACCUCCUUUGUCCUACAGAGAGGACCCUAAACUCAGCAUCCUAAACACUUUGCCUUCAGACGAACCUGUCACUAUGAUCUUCAUGGGAUAUCAGAAAGCUGAGGAAGAUACACAUAGCUACGAAGGCUCCGUUCAGGCGGAGCUCGUCAUCAUAGAAGAUGGUGAGGAAGAAGCCUUAAACAGUGCCACCGCUUUCCAAAAAUGUCCUGUCCGUUCUCCCCAGGAUCGCAAUACCAACAAUGCGACCACACACGUGACCUCUGAGAUGUCAUCUCCAGCUUCCCUGAACAGCCAAACGGUGUAGCAAGUGGCAGAUGAUGGAACUCGGCUCAAAGGCUCCAUGGAGGAAAUUGAACAUUGCUGACUACAAAAUCAAAAAGAUUCACUCUUAAGAACUUUAGUUAUCUAAGAAGCAAUAAAGAGAAGAUAGGAAGAAUGUAUGACUGGAUUCCCAUAUGUAUAUGAUUCUAACUUUGUGUGAGAGGUCAAAGAUUCAAACCUCAGUCCUGAUUUCCUUAUAAACAAAGAUCAGCCCAAAAUAGUUAAGUUAUGAUGGUUGGCAUAAUGGCUAUGAACUGCUGGUUAACCAGAGCCUUAUUUUAAGUUAUCUAACCUACAGCAAACAUCAUCAGUAUGUCAAUAACUCAAUAUUUCCUUCGGCGGUCACACCACGUACCCAAAAUAAUCAUGCUGCAAUGAUCUGAAGCUCUCGUUUCAACAAUAUACUAAUAAUAAUCUUCUUUGCCCCUCGCAGUUUGUACACAAUUAAAUUUGUGUUAAAUGAUCUUAUGUCCAAAAAAGUUGCAUCACUAGGAAACUGUGACUUUUUAGCAAAUCUAAAAUUUCAUCCAGCUGUGACGUGACCCUCGGAGCAGGAAGCUGUCGUUUACUGGAACUGGUGUGCCCUAGCUAGUGUUUGGGAUCUGGUGUAGUGUGUAGUGUUUCCUCACAGCUCCAGUGUCCCAUGUUUGUGUGUGUGUGUGUGUGUGUGUGUGUGUGUGUGUGUGUGUGUGUGUGUGUGUGUGUGUGUGUGUGUGUGUGUGUGUGUGUGUGUGUGUGUGUGUGUGUGUGUGAUAAGAUCUAAAUCCACCGCCACCCUGACCAUGAUAUAAAGGUUACUGAAGAUGAAUAAAUCAUAUAAAAAAGUAAAGAAAUAAGAAAGUUAAAUGCAUUAUCUGAAAGUAUCUCUUGAUCCUAAUACAAUCCAUUAUCCAAUUUCCAUAAUAAUGUAUUUACAGUAUUAUACUAUUUAUAAAAUAUCUCUAUUUACUUUCAAGUAUAACCUUUGGUGAAAUUGUGAGGAUGUCAUAUAUAACAUAAACCUUUGCUUAAAUAUUCCAACAUUUAUGAUCAUAUAUUAUAAUAUUUAUUGUUUCCUGUUUUUGCCUGUCAUCUGUUUUUUACAAUGACAUAACCAGCACGUUUUCUACUAAUAAGAAGAACUGACACUAAUGUUUACUUCUUUAUCCUUAAUGUCCACUUACUAAAGUUUGUAAAGUAAUAAAGCUAAGAAAUAAAGUUUAUAUUGAAAUUGGUUUGAUGCUUCUGUCAGAAAGAGCCAGCAAUGGAUGAUAUUUUAUAUAGCAUAGACAGUUGUACUGUCAUUUAUUUUUAUUCACCCAGUUUAUCCAGUCAUACAGAUGAAAUCGAGCAUUGCCAAAUAUAAUGGAACAUGUGGGAGUAGAAAUCGAGGAAAUCUGAAAAGUUCGAUUUUAUCAACACUUUAAUUCUUUUUCUCAGCACAAAUGACCUGAAUCUGAAAUAUUACUAUGAAGUU